GCAGCAGCCUCAGGGGUCCCACAUGAUGGAUCAUCCCUGAAAGUCUUCUCAGAGUCUUUGUUUAUUGUAGUUGUAAAUAUGUGUUCACAAAUCAAAUGUUUAAAGUUGUCUGUCUCCUUCUGUCUGCAGCUGAUCGCAGUGCUCUCUACACCAGCUUGGCUCUCUGCCUUGUUGCCUCCCUGGCUGUCCUGGCUGUGAUGGCUGCCUUCCUCUUCUUUAAAGUAGACCUGGUGUUGGCUUACAGGAAACUGUUGAGACGUUUUUCCAAACAACAAGCUCCAGAUGGGAAGCUCUAUGAUGCCUAUGUGAGCUUUCUCCAUCCUGACAGCCUGAGUUCAGCGGAGACAGCAAUGUUGGCCCUGCAGAUUCUGCCUGAGGAGCUGGAGAAAAAACAUGGCUACUCACUGUACAUCAGAGGACGGGACGACUGCCCUGGAGAAGAAGUUUUGUGGUCACAGUGCAGUUCAGUUUGGUAGUGACCAUGUUGAAGAUCACAAGUAGAACACAUUCAAGAGGAUGCCUCAAAAAUCAUGGACACCACCACAACAACAACAACAACAACAACAACAACAAC